UGUAGACCAGCGUUAACAGUGCAACAACAUCUAGUGCAGCAAUUUCGGUAACCAGUGAAAUAUAGUGGAGUCAAAUAUGUUACUACUAUGAAGUUUUGACGUCUAGUUAUUUUGAGGACAUACUUCGAACUCUAACUACAAUAAAAUAUUUGCCAAAAUGCCAGAAUUAGGGCCUAUGAUGCGCACGCUGGAAUUGCAGAGGCUAAUCGAAGACAAAGUGUCAGAAUGGCGUGCGAGGUCGGCGCGGGUCAGCGGAGGCGCAAGUGUGGCAGACUCUUAUCAGCAGCCACACAACUUCAAGCGACACACAAACAGACGCAAGAACAGUGCUGAAAUAAAUAGAAUUAUCGCAAAGUACUCCAAACCUAACAAGAGAACGGACGAACGAUAUUGCAUUCCUCUAAAUAAACCAGAAACCCCGCCGACUCGACCACCAAGGACAAAGAGACUAAGCAAGAUAUUUUCGAAAAGCGAGGACAAUCUGGCCAAUGUCGUAGGUGUCAUGGAGACCCAUCCGUCUCCCAAUUCACCCUAUAAAAAUAAAUCGUCACUCUUCAAAUAUCAUGCGAAAAGUUACGAGGAUAUUACAGCAUUCGUUGACGUCGACCGCAAUGUGAAAAGUAAGAAUUUCAAAGAAAAUAGUAUUCUAAAUGAGAAAAAAGUUCCAAAGAAUGUUAGACCAAAGCUGCAUAGUAUUAGUGAAGACAACUUGGACUACUCAGUGUUUAGUGACAAAAUCGUGAAUGUAAACAAACAAAAUGGAUUUGUGACAUCCACUCCUUUGUCUGAACGUAAGUCGUGCCCACCGGUCAGUGAAACAGUGCCAGUGAACGGUUUUAAAAAAUGCACUAAUUACAAUAGUGUGAACGACCUGCGAAAGGGAAGUUCUGAGCCGAACAUCCUAAGUGUAAAUAGUAACAUUGAGACAUUAGUUUCUUCGAGAAAUGGAGAUGGUAAAAAACGAUGGUCCUUAUUUCGACCCCAGUUUCCUAAAGGAGCGUUGGAUGCUAUAUUGAAGUGGCGCGGAAAGAAACCUCGAAAAGAAGAACAGAAAGAGAGUUCUCAAAGAAUCCAAGAAGUUGAUGACAGUUUCUUCGAGAAAUUCGGAUCUAUUCUGAAACAAGCGUCUCAAAGGGCCGCGCUUGAAGAGGCCACGCCCUUAGCGCCAUUCAAGGAUGCCGAGGAACAGGAUUCAGAGCAGAAUGCUGAUGCAGACUCGCAGAUUGAAAGCCGUAGUCUAGCUGACAGCGGACUGGGCACUCUUGCGGAUGCCGAUUCAGAGCCUGAAGAUUUGGAGAAGAUCGACUUGUACGAGGAGGCUGUCGGGUGGAAUAUCGAUGAACUAUAUCUUGAGAUACUAUACGAGAUCUUGCACAAUGUCGGAGGCUGCGAUGCGUCCGGUGAGGUGGGGCAGACAGCCAUGCUGUCGUACGUGCAGGAAGCGUUCAAAAUUACCAACGACAAGCAUACGCAGCUUCUAACUACAGCCGAGGCGAAGGAACCUCCAGAACUUAUGCUAAAUGUCGAGGUGGUGGAAGCCAAAGACUUAAUGCCGAAAGACCCUAAUGGCAUGAGCGAUCCGUUCGUCACCAUAUACCUCAUGUCGAAUACAGCACACAGAUACAAUACGUCUGUGAAGUCUACUACUUUGAAUCCGGUGUGGGAAGAACAUUUUUCUUUGCCGAUGCCGAGCAACCUGCACGAGGACUCGCUGUGUUUGGAAGUCUGGGACUUCGACCCGGCGGAAACAGUGAAGGAGAAGAUGACGAAGCUGUUUGACGUGAAGGGUGUGAAAGGUCUGCGGAAGCUGAUGAAGGAGAUAGCUAUCACUGCGUCCACCGGGAAACACGACAACGAGCUCAUAGGCACCGCCAAUAUACCGCUCAAUUCGAUCCCCGCGAACGGCAUGACGAUGUGGUUCAACCUGAGCAAGAAGAGCAAACUGCGUAGGCAGGGCGUGGUGAAGGUGCGGCUGGGGUUCUCCUCGGAGAAGAACGCGCAGGUCGCGGCGCAGGAACAUCGCCAUCUGCUCAGGAUACUGUUGCUGCACGAGCUGGAAAACUCUAAGGUCGCGCCAUAUUGGUGGUGCGGCAACUUUAGCGCUGCAGCCGAGGCGGUGAUAAUCCAGCACGCGGCGCAGAGCGGGCUGUCGGCGAGCGACAACGCGCUGGCGCAGUGGGCCGUGUACUGCGCAGUCACCGUCGACCACCCGCUCAGCUUCGCGCUCUUCACUCAGCUGUUGGAGAAGAUCACAAAACCUCUGCAAUCUGGUCUAAUAAAAGAAGAAGAAGUCAAACUGUUCUGGGAUGGAGCAAAGAAGUUGCUACCGACCUGCUUCAGCUACAUAAGAAAAUUGAGAAAAAAGACCGCGGGCGAGAAAACCGCCAUGAAAACGCUCAGGGAAGUCCUACACAUAUUAUACAAUUUAUCAAUUUUGGAUCCACCUGAAAGCGUAGACUUAUUCCCUGUAAAUUCAUACGGAUGGUUGAGAAAUGAAGGGAAGAAAUUAGAUAUUUUUGAAGUUUUAAAUCAAGCUGUGAUCCAAGGUGCUUCUGAUUGGUUCGUGCAUAUUUUAGACAAUAACGAAUGCAAGGAGAAGACGGAAGAGUCCAGAUUGGAACAUCUAAUUAGAGUGAUACAGUUGGUGCGCUCAGACUUGCAGAGGGCGCUGGAAUACUACGACAGAAUAUUUAUCGAAACAAUGAAUUUCCCGUACUCCAAAGCCUUAUACGGUUUAUACGAGCAGAAAAUAGCAUCGCUCGUGGAGCCGGAAGCGAAGGAGGUGUGCAAAAGUCUGAAAAGAUUGCAAUACGACGAGGGGGGGUCGACCAAGAGCGUGCAUUUGGCGGGGGGGAUCAAUGGGGAGACGAGGUUGGGGGACCCCAAGAUGGCGAAUGAGCCACUGGCGAUGGGCACGACUCUGUUCCAGCUGUAUCUUACCUUGCAGAGGUUUUUGACGUUAGGUCAAGGUUUGAACGAAACGGAUUGGAGCUCUUACGCCAUAUCGAAGUUCCACUCUUGGUUUUUCGGCGGAGUUGCACAGUGGUUGGAAAUCGCAGCUUACAAGGCUCUGACUAGAGUGGAAAAGGCCGUAGAACUUGAUAACUUGGUUCCUGUGGAUGCCAACGUGAAAUAUAGCAGCUCAGGGGUGGACACCCUUGCGAUAUUCUAUCAAAUUAAAAUUUUCUGGCAACAACUGGCCUGGCCCGAUGUUGAGGGUUGUUACACUUUUGUGGCCAAAAUUAUUGAUGAUAUUUGCCGCUGCUGCGUGUUCUACUCGGAGAAGAUGGCGGCGCGCGUGCACGGCGUGGGAAUGGUCUGCACGGUCUACGAGGAGCGCUUCGAGGUCACGUCCGAGUGGUGCGCGGCCAUCAACAACAUUGACUACGUGCGGCAGAGUCUGCGGCCCUUCGCCGAGGAGCUGGGCAUGGACGAGAUCAUCGAGAAGAUGUGCGAGGCCAGGACGCCUACUGAAGCACAAAGAUGCAAAGACACCUUACAUAAUGUCAUAAGUAACGCGAUUGAUACAGUGAAAAAUAAUAUCGUCGAUUUGCUCGCUAUGAUGGUCAAAAGAAUGAUGCCGUCCAUUACUCGCCUUUUACUAGAAGGCGCGGAACUCCUGCACCAGGACUGCUCCAGUAUGGACCGCGUCAUGCGCUAUAUCGAGGCCAACCUCGACACUCUGUACCAACAUCUUAACAACGAGAACUUCUCUAGAACACUAGAUAUAGUCUGGGAACAGCUAGGCGAUGUUUUGUAUGAACUCAUCCAAUCUAACCUAGAGAACCGCAGGCCCAAGGUAGCCUUGUUUAAGGGGCUCCGCUUGAGCAAGGCGACGGCCGCCUUCCUGGUCGCGAAACGUAGACCGCCGUCGUUCUUUUCAAAUCUGCACGAGUGUUUGAAAAUAAUGAUACAAUCAUUCCGACAAGACAGCAAAGAGGCUUUUACGUCAGACACGUUGAAGCGGGUCGAGUAUUUGCUGAAGAUCCACGGCAUGGAGACGAGGGAGCUGAUCCAUCAGUACCAUUUAGAGAGGUGGCAGGAACAACAGGCCGUCACGGAACCCAAGAUGGGGCUGCUGACCGUACGAGCGCAGUUUAUAGAUGACAACUUGAAAGUUGAAAUUAUGAACGCUAGGAAUCUGGUGCCCACAGAUUCUAACGGUUUAUGCGAUUCCUACGUGCGGUGCAUGUUGCUACCUGAAGACACUUUCGCGAAUAUUGUGAAGCCCAAAACUCAGACGCACAACAAGAAUCUCUUCCCAUUGUACGAUGAAAUGUUUCUAAUACCUCUAUCUCACGAGCAGCGGAACACGACAGAUGGUCUGCUGCACUUCUUAAUUAAAGACAAGGACAUGUUCAGCGUCAGCAACACGUUCGUGGGAGAGGCCUACCUCCAUUUCAGCGAAGUACCAGACACCCCCGCUCCCAUAUCCAGUCUGCCGCAGCAACAUUUGCCGAUCUCCAGGCCAAACAGCAUUGACGGUGAUGCCAUAAAAGCCUUAGAAUCGCGACAAGGUGAUAAACAAGCACGAGAAUUCCUCAAGAAACAAAGGCAAAAGAUGCCCAACCAAAAAUUCUUCUCGCUCGGUUGAAUAAAAUCAUUUACGCCAGUAUCAAAUACUACUAAUUUUAAUACUGCUAAUUUUGUUGUAGGUAUGGACCGUUGUUGUAAAAAAGAACCACAUGUUUUUUUAAAACAUGGAUUAGAGAUUCAUAUUUAAAUAAUGUAUAUGAUGAGAGAAAAGUUUAAAGGCUGAUUUUUACAGCAAUUUGGGGAGAUUCGUGCUUUACUAUGCUUUGCUUUGGUUACUCUUCCGAUUUCCGCUGCUAAAACCAGCAAUGGAUUUUUUUCGGAGCGUAUUGAACACCCGUUUAUCAGCCAUAAGCGAGGUAAUUAGAUAGUGAUGUAUACUCGUGGCCUUUUCUAAAGGGAACUGAAACUUUUAAUAUUACCUUACCAACUUUUGAUAUACCAAAACAUGUAAGUUAGGCCUUAAAGUGAUGUGUUGUUAAAUAAUUCUGUUGUAAUAUGAAAGUAGUAACGUUGUUUGUUUUAGUGGUAAAUUUUUUGGUAAUAAAAUUAGACUGAAUAAAUCAGUACAUGUGGAUAUGUAAUGUAGGUAUAUUGUUUUUGGCAGAUUGAAAUUAAGGACUUUAAAUAUUACAAAAACUUCUCCAUUCCAAGGAAUCUUUUCAAAGUUUUUGUCUAUUUCUGGUCGGUUGUAUUAAUUUUAUGAACAUCAAUUUAUAGAAAACGUUGAUGUUUAUUUUUGGCUACGAUCUCAAAUUAAUAAUAACACAUGUUUUAUUGGUUGCAACUACGCAUAAUAAUUGUAUAUUUUUGUACCAAUAAUAUAUAUAACGUCGAAGGGGUUUAUUACUGUAGAAAAUGUCUUUCGGAUUGGCGAUUAAAAAAUAUUAGGAGAGUAAUAAAAAUUGUAAAUAGCAAUACAGUAGUCGCAUAAUGAGUAGAAUAUUGUAUUUUAUACAAGUAUUUAAUUAGUAAAUAUAAUCAUUAGUAGCUUCGUCUGUGAUAGACAAAAGUGCCUUAAUUUAUUUUAUUCUGUCGCAACAUUUACUCAGUGUUAUUUUUGUUCUUUAAUAUCCCGUUCUUCAGAAGUUAGUGUUUUUGUAUUUAAAAGCAUUCUUGUUUGAACGAUAAAUAUAUUAUUAUAUAAGGAAGUAUAUUGUUUGCAGUGCAUUGUACUGGGUUCCGUGUCUACUGUCAUUUCAAAGUUUUGAAACAUUUAUUUAUUACUGAUUAAAAAAUCUUGUUUUAUAUGAA